AUGGCCCGAGGUAGAGGCAGAAAACCAACACAGCAGCCAGCACCUCCUCGUACAGCUGGCCGUAGAGCAGUGCCAGUCAACUUUCGUGACGAUCCCGGUUCUGGAGAAGAAUUCGACUUCACUCCUUUGGAUGAACAUUCUGCUGAUGAAGAUGUACAACGACCGAUCUCUCCCGCGAGCGUCGAGCCUGUAGCUGGCUCUGCUGCCUCCACCAGACCUGUCACGCCUUCUGAGCGAGCCUCAGAACCCUCACGGAGCCGAACAGCCCCAGAUAUUGAUUUUUUCUUUGAACGCGGAUCCAAGGCGCCUCCAGUAAGCAGAACUCUAUGUAAGCUAUGCAGGGCGAAUGGGAUAGACUUGCGCCAGGGUGCAGGCAGCUUCUCAGCGAGCACCUCAAAUGGUCCAUUGCGCAACCACCUCCUAAGCCGCCACAAGGAUCCAUAUCUCCAGAAGUGUCGCGAAAUGAGAUGGAAAGUCCCUGCACUCGCGAGCGAAACUGGAACAGCCCCGGCGCCCCAUGGAACACAACGUCCACCAUUUUCCCAAGAGGCAUUGAUACAGCAUCUUCUGAAUUUCAUCGUUGCAGACGAUCAGCUCCUCUUGCUUUUACGUGAGGACCUCGAGGACAAAGACAUUCCCCGCCGAACGAAGAUGCGCGAAUCCAUUAUCAAGGCAUGGCAUGCAUAUUUCAAGGUCCUAAAACAGGAAUUAGCGGACGAAUUUCCUACACGGCGGAUAUUUGGUCAACAAAAGCUCGGUACCCAUACCUGGCCAUUACCGCACAUUGGAUACAUAGAGACAAGUCUACCAAGGGUCUUCAGCUGCGUUCUACACUCAUCGCAUUUCACCGUCUUCGAGGAAGCCACAACGGGAAGAGGCUAG